AUGACGUGUCAGUCUAGAGGAUGUACUGACAUUUUGUUGUCAGCGAACUUGUCCAACGUAGGCGAUGUCAUCGAUCACAGUUUUUUAAAUCACCUCAUUGCCGUUAGUGGUCGAAGCAGUAUGCCAGCACAUCGUGGCGACUCGAAGUGCCGUACCCAAGGACCCGCAGAUCACAGCGAUACCGAGAAUGGGGUCAGUCGGCUUUUCCAGGCGCUUGGGCAGCUUGGACCCAGCCAAAGAAGCGUCUUACAAAUAACCGAUACUUUUGGGCGUCUUCCUCUUCAUUAUGCUGCGCGAUACGGCUUGACAGCAAUCUGUCAGUCGAUAUUGGAUUCUCUGCAUGACCUCAAACAGGGUUCUUCUGCUGUUAGAGAAGCCGUUUUAUCAAAAGACUCUGAAGGAUACACACCGCUAUACUCCGGAGUAAGCCGCAACCACUCCGCAGUCACGAGACUUUUUCUGGAGACCCUUGAGAUGGGCUAUCAAACUAAUGAUCAAGCUAAAGAUGAGCAUCUGAGAAGUGUGCUGAGUGACCUCCUACUUCUUGCCCUUAGAUCGCGUUAUGACGACAUAGUCCAUCUUCUCAUAUCCAGCCAUAUCAACAUCAACCAUCAAUCCAGCCGUGGAGAGACAGCCCUUUGUGUUGCAGCUAAAAUAGGACGUGAAGAUUACGUCAAUACAAUCCUUAAGGCUUCGCCUAAUCAAGAUGUCAUCGAUAUUUUUGAAACAGUAAACGGCUGGACUCCAUUGUUUGUUGCCUGUGCAAGGGGCCAUCUGGAGAUCGUGGAGCUUCUAUUGAAUGCUGGCGCGAGCCAGACGAUACUUGAUCAUAGGGGGUGGACAGAAAAACAACAUGCCGCAUUUAGAGGCCACCUAGCUGCGGCUUCUAUUCUCGAAGAUUAUUUUACGGGAGAAUCGUCUGGUGGUACUGCUAGCAAGUUCUUUAACAUCGCAAUAGGUGCUAACAACAAACUUUGGGAUGGCUACAGUCACAUCAUCGUCAACCUUGGCACUAUGCAAGAAGGAAAGCAAGUAACGGCAGUUGAUUUGAGUUGCUGCUCUUCGGAGUUUAGCCUGAGUUUAGAAGCAGAUACUAGAUUCUCGAUCGAAGUCUCAAUACAUGGAGGAAGCGGAUCAAGUGGUCUCGUCCAACUACCCAUAUUAGACGAUAUGGUUAAUGACCCUUUUAUAUUCCGUACCAAGAACCUCAGCAAGGCGCAGCUCGUGUUCAGCAUAUUCUGUGCAACUCCUGUCGAGGGAAAGAAAGGUAUCCUUGUUGGUAGUGGCACGGCUCUUUUGGAAAGUGACAAAAACCAAUUCUUUGGAGUGCAGCGUGAAAGUCUAAUUAGAGAGCUCAGCGUUCCCAUUCUCGAGAGAGAGACAUUGAAAUUCAUGGGUACCGUAACAUUUACGUUUGUUAUAGCAAAACCCUUCAUACACUUGGAUACUCCUUCGGUUGUUUAUCCAUUCAAAGACGAAGGUCAAAUACAACUAGUUGGACAUAGAGGACUUGGUCAGAACACCACUAGCCGCAAACAUCUUCAGCUUGGUGAAAAUACGAUAGAGUCUUUUCUCUCCGCUGCAAGGCUGGGUGCGUCACUUGUUGAGUUCGACGUGCAACUGACCCGGGACCUCGUCCCUGUCAUCUACCACGACUUUUCUUUGAGCGAGUCAGGGACUGAUAUUCCCAUCCACGACCUGAACUUUCAGCAGUUCAUGUACGCCAGCAAUGUCCAAUCACCGAGAGGCAAUCCCAUCUCUGUACUUGGAGGACCGAUCCUGCAAACGGCGCGGGGCCAAACUGGUCGAGGCAAACCUCGUUCGAGGUCGUUGACAAGCGAUCGAGAAAGGGGGGUCGAUGACGUCCAGGACAGGAUGAAGCACACAGUCGACUUUAUGAAGAAGGGAUUCAAACCGAAUACUCGGGGCGAUUUCAUCCAGGACUCCUUCGCCACUCUAGAAGAGUUGCUCAUCGAAAUGCCGGAGACUAUAGGUUUCAACAUUGAGAUAAAAUACCCCAGAAUCCACGAAGCGGUAGAAGCCGGUGUAGCACCUGUGGCCAUCGAUCUCAAUACCUUCAUUGAUACUUCGACAAGAUCUACCGUUUCGGCGGCAACCGGACAAUUAUCCUCUCGUCCUUCACCCCAGAGGUUUGCAUCCUCUUAG